CGAGCUACCUCGCUCACCUCUCACCUCCCACACACCAUUAUGCUCACAGUCAACGCCACGGGGAGCCCUUACGAGCUCGGGAAGCAGCAUGGCGAGGCGGCGCGCGAGCUGGUGUACGGCACCAAGGCGUUUUACGAGGCCUUCUUCAUGAAGAUGGCCAAGCUGGACUGGCCGCGCGUCGAGGCCGCCGCAGAGCAGUGGAAGCCCUUCCUUGACGCCAAGUACCCGCAAUAUGUUGAGGAGAUGCAGGGCCUGGCGGACGCAACCGACCUCCCCCUCGCGACAAUUAUCGCGCUCAAUGUGCGCACCGAAGUCGCCUUUGGGAUGUACAGCGACGGAUGCACGUCGCUGUCGGUACACGCGCCCGGCACGGCGAUCCUCGCGCAGAACUGGGACUGGAAGGUCGCGCAGCGCGAGAACCUCAUCACGCUCAACCUCAACGGCAAGAUCAGCUUCGUGACGGAAGCGGGCAUCAUCGGCAAGAUCGGGCUGUGUUCCGCCGGCGUCGGCGUGUGCCUGAACGCCAUCUCUGCGCUCGGCGUCGCGCACGACAAGCUGCCCGUGCACCUCGCACUGCGCGCCGCCCUCGACUGGGCCGAGGAGAUGACCGAGGACCGCAAGGCCCGCGCCAUCGUCGACCGGCUUAAGCGCGAAGGCGUGGCGAGCGCGGCACACAUCUUCGUCGCGGACCAGCACGAGGGCAUCGGCCUCGAAGUCAGCUGCAAGGACGCCGUGGAGGUGCGCCGCACCUCCGUGCCCGCCGGCACGGCGGUGCUGCACUCGAACCACUAUGUCGAGGAGCACCCGGAGGUCAAGCUCGGCGCGGCGUUCCUGCACGAUUCGCCGAACCGGCUCGCGCGCAUUGAGCAGCUCGUCCGCGCCGACGAGGGGCCCGUUACGCCGGGCGCGGUAACGGCGUGGCUGUCCGACGAGGAGAACUUUCCGGGCUCGAUCUGCCGCGACAAGACCUCGGCAGGUGAUUCCGAGACGCUGUUCAGCAUUAUCAUGGACCUCGAAAAGGCCACGGCACGCGUCAAGGUCGGCAAGACGAACGGGGACGGUGAGGUGUUCACGCUUGCGCCGCAGCGUGCGUAGGGAUGAUGGUUGGGUUGUAUGGUGCUAUGUGAGAGUGUUUGCAG